AUGGCUGAAAAUCAGAAAUCGGCUGCCAUCAUUCGUGAUACCCUAUCAAAUUUUGUUGAUAGGACUACAGAUGGUGGCAAAAUGGACAAAAACGCCUUCACUCCAACACCCAUUACCGAGCUCUACGAAGCCGUCAUGAUAGACUUGAAAUCAUCAAGUCUUCGAGACCAUAUAGAGCUACUCAACUACAAAGACCAUCUCGACAUGUCAUGCUACGCGGCAGUCGACUUUUGCCCAACCCAUCCACUCGAAUACCAGGUCAUGGUGGCGCACCUGACCAUCUUCUUCUUCCACGCUGACGACUUACUCGAUACCAAGCCCGAUGCUUUGCGGUACCUACAGCUCAACAUCUGCACAGGCCAGCCACUUGGCGACCCCGUCCUCGAGUGGUACGUCCACGAGAUAAUGCCAAGGCUGUGGAAGAUUUUCCACCCUACCGUCGCUAGCAUGAUCGUGACGGCCUGCUACGACUUUAUCAACGGCGUUGGUAUCGAGGGGUUGACAGUUGGUCGCCAAGUAAAGCCCCAAGCUCCUAAAUAUCCGGACUGGUUGCGCUUCAAGACAGGGCUGUCGCCUAUGUACGGACUGCUGGUUGUUGUGUGUGCCACAGAUCCGCAGCUUCCUACAGGAGGCAUUGAAAAAUAUGUUCACGUCAUUCCAGACGUCAUUGUCUUUACAAACAUUGUUAACGAUGUGCUCUCCUUUUACAAGGAGAUGUUGGCUGAGGAGACGGGUAAUUACAUUGACCAGCGGGCCCAGAGGGAACAGUGCGAUAUCCUGACGGCUUUGCAAAAGGUGGCCAAUGAGGGCAUAGCAGCUGGCGAGCGAGUUCUUGCUGGGCUUGCUAAUGCGCCCGAAUACCGCAAUAACUUUAGUGUUUUCGCUAAAGGCAUUGUGCACUUUCACACUGCGAUUCCACGAUAUCGCUUGCAGUCGCUGUAUGGGAUGGCUUAGGGCAGUUGACCUUGACGUCGAUCGAGUAAAUGGGUUUCGGUGCAUGAAUUGUUUUAAAGGGGAACUUCC